AUGUGGCCUAGUCAAAUGGAGAGAUACUUUGCUUGUUCAAGUGAAGAGUUCCCCAAAAAGAAUGAAAUAUUCAAGUUGUACCUUUCCUCAUCUCACCUGGCAAUCCAGUGUUUUUUCCAAAUUGAAGAUGAGGUUCCUUCAAGGGGAAUUCUAAGCGUGUUUACAUCAGGAGGACUUGCUCCCAGUUUGGAAAUCAUAAAUAGUACAUAUACUGGCAUCUUCCACUUUAAUUUAACUUUGUUCAGUGAUCGAGUUUACUGGUUGAUUAAUAUCCCCAGAGAAGACAUCACAAAAAACACAGAUAUUACAGCAGUAGAAGAAUGGCUAGUAAGGAUUAGUUUACAUCACGGAUUAAAUAUUUAUACUACUGAAGGAACUCUAUUGGAUACUGUUCGAGAACCUAUUCUUCAGUGGAAUCUUGGGCUUAUAAUGGAAGAAAGUAACGUCCGUGCAUUAUAUCCACAUGUGAUAGAUCUCAAGGUGACAAAAUGCCCCUGUGCCAAUGACGUAGCAUUGCUUGGCUUUGUUUUGAAUACAACAUUUGAUGGUGUUUACAUAGGCGUCACCUUUUCCGGAUUUUGGGAUUAUGAUAAUACCAGCUGGUUUAACAUGACGGAGAAUAUCUAUUCCCAACUUGAAGAAGGUCUCACAGAACUUUCAUUGGUGGAUAUGGUUUUAACAAAUCAUUUUUUGGUUAUUCUCACCUCUUUGGGUCUUUUUGUAAGUAGAGAUCUUCGUUACCCAUCAGCCUCAGACUUAAGGUUUUCAAGGGCAGACUUUUGUGGUUUUGAAAGGGCCGACUACAUCAAAGGAAAAUUGUGGUAUAAUGAAAGAUGUUUUGCUAACAGAGAAAAAUUUGAAGUUGAUUAUGUUACUAUCACCUUUGACAGAAAUAGGACCCUAAGUGAGGCAAGCACCUGUUUUUACAGUACGGAACCAUUCCUCGAAUGGUUUCCUUGCAUACCUUACGCUUUGAGAAGAGUGAGACACGUUCCUUCCAACGUGAUAACAUUUCUUGUUGACAUAGAGCGGUCAAAUGGAAUUUACCUUUUCUCUAACCAGAAAGAAACCUCUGCUUCUGUGCACGUCCUAAAAAAUAAUCGACUAAGUUCACAGAGUAAAUUCCCAAAUUUCUUGUUUCCUUCAUCAUUCUCUGUUCCUGUUGGAAUGGUAUUCCAUCCACGAAGUAAUUUUCUAUAUGCUUAUGGUAAUCAGGUAUGGCUUUCAAUGGAUGGCGGCAACACUUUUGAAUUAAUAGCUGACUUUCAUGGUGAUGUCAUAAGGAGGUCUUAUCAUAGUUUUUAUAGUUCAGAUAUUACUUUCGUUUCCCAACAUGGAAAGGUUUACUUGACAAAGGCAGGAUUAAAAACAUAUAGCGAAAUUGGAUCUGUUACUCAUAAAAUUUUUACAUUAUACUAUGAUCACUUGGGAUUCAUACAUAAGCUGACCCCAGAUCAUUUUGAAGCAGAUGAGUUAAUAUCAGCCGUUGGAAAUUCUAAAGCUAUUUUUGCGGAGAAUCUUGAUAUGGGCUUUGAGACUGCACUUGCUCCACAGUUUAUCUCCUUAAAUGAAAUGAUUUUUUAUGCAUAUGUACCUCCGAAUGAACCUACAGCAACUAUACACACCAAGCAAUUCAACAAUAUCCACUCUGGAAAAGUGAUACACCACGGGAAAACUGGAUCAGCUUACAUAAGAAAAGUGUUACAACAUAACAAUCUUAAAGGAUUUUUGUCUUCAGUUAUUACAGAAAUUAUAGAUCCUUUUGGAAUAGAAGAAGUGAGAGAGAGCUCUUCUUUGUCUAGUUCCCUUUUCAUUACUGAUGUUGGAAAUUUCUCCUAUAAACUUACUCUUAACUUAAAAAAUGUUAAUUCUUCAUUUCGACAUUGGGAUCUCCAGAAGACGGUGGUGAUUCCUGGUUAUAGCAGCUUCCUGAUCACAGCAAUUUUAGAUGAUACGAAUGCUUUAGCUAUUGCCACCAUGCCUAAAAGAGCACCCAUCAAUAUGACCUUUCUAGAAAACACCUGGUUCUUAUACAACUUUGGGCUAAGUAGUAGAAGAACGUGGAGAAUAUUUUCAAAACGAUGUAAUUACUGGUUUCAACAACUUGAUAAGUCACUAUCCCUCAAUAUCCUGAGAUACAUUGAUCUUGGAAAAUAUCAUACUUUAAGUGUUAAGAUCAUACCUCAUGCAAGAGGUUUUCAAAUGCUUGAUGUACCACCAGUGAAAGUAUUAGUUGGAAACCCAAGUUUGUUGGAUGUUAGAGCUGAAGGUUUUUUUGAUGAUACUGGUAGUUAUCUACUGAACAUUACUUUAUCUAGCAAAAUUUUACGCCAGGGUUCAAGUUCACUGGCAUUUGUCGUCUGGGAAGCAUCAACUGAGUGCUUUGUUACAACAUUCGUGCCAAUAGUGAAAACCAGCUGUAGUUAUCUCAGAUCUAUGCAUCACAUUCCUAGUAAACUUAUCCCAUUAGAAGACUGGAUUAGUGGAAUUCACAAAGAUGAUCAGGGUUUUAAUAUGAUCAAAACCUUACCGGUAAACUACAGGCCUCCGUCUAAACUGGGAAUUGCUAUUCCACUCACAGAUAAUUUUUACCACGCAGAUCCUAGCAAACCUAUACCAAGAAAUUUAUUUCUUAUGUCAAAGAGGACUGGUAAAUUCAAACAGUGCACUAAUGCCUCUACUCGGGAAGAGUGUAAUUGCACAAAUAAUCAGAAAUUUUCACAUGCUGUUGCUUUCUCAGACUGCAGAGAAAAAGUUCCUCGUUUUAAGUUUCCUGUUACACAGUAUCCAAUAUCUUUGCAAAUUUCCACUAAGAAAGGAAAUAUGCCAGUGGGUCUUCCAUACCUGGUGACUGUGACUGAAGUGAAUAUGAGGGAAAACUGGAAACUAAAACAUUCUACACCACCGACUAUUAGAAAACUGCAGUCUCACUUAAAAUCGCAUCUGCAGGUUCCAGUGUACAAUCCUAUAGGUCUCAACUUAAGUAUAAUGGGCUCUGAGCUCUUUCACUUCAAAGUGUCUGUUGUUCCGGGGGUCACUUUUUGUAACUUAGUUGAAGAAUUUCAGAUUUAUGUUGACGAAGCACCUUUGCCAUUUCCAGGACAUACCCUUAUUGCCAUCGCAGCAGCCAUAGUGCUAGGAGGAUUAAUUUUUGUAGUAUUUAUGUUUCAGCUGCGUAACAUUCACCCAUGGCAGCUAUGCCGAAAACUGUUUAGAAGAAACAAAGUGAACUUAUCAAGAAUCGAGGUCUUUCAGCAGGCUCAUAAAAGAAAAUCUGAAUGGUGAAUGAAUGAUAAUCACAAUUUACUCUUUAUUUCCUAGUUUUACUAAAUAACCCCUAGGACAAUAUAUUUAAAUAUUCAAUGUACAAACUAGGUUAACUACAGAGUUACCAUUUAAUUUGAAUUGCUAUUUGUCAAUGCGUUUACUAUUACAUUUUAUUAUUUUGUAUACAUGAAAAAUUUCUUGAGU